GGCGGCCCCCGCGCUGCAUGGCGGUCGCCGUAGUCCGUGAGGGGACUGCAUUUCCCGGGCAGCCCCGCGGCGGCGGGCCGGUUGCCGUUGUUGCAUAGGAAACAGCUGAAGAGUCUCCACAUGACAGGGGGGGAAGGAGGAGGAGGAAGUGUGGAGACCCGCGGGCCGCCGUCCCGGGCAGCCAUCCCGCCGCCCGCCGCCUCCCGCCGGCCAUGAACGGCUUCGCCCCCGAGGAGGUGGCCGACCCCGUCGCCGCCACGGCGGGCAACGCGGGCUCGGCCGUGGAGGUGCCGCCGCCGCCGCCUCCUCCGCCACCGCCGCCGCCGCCUCCCGCCGCCGCCGCCGCCGCUCCGGCGGGCGGCCCCGGGGCCGGUCAGCUGUGCUGCCUCCGUGAGGAGGGCGAGCGGUGCGGGCGGGCGGCCGGCAACGCCAGCUUCAGCAAGAGGAUCCAGAAGAGCAUCUCGCAGAAGAAGGUGAAGAUCGAGCUGGACAAGAGCGCGAGACAUCUCUACAUCUGCGACUUUCACAAAAACUUAAUUCAGAGCGUGAGGAACAGGAGGAAGAGGAAAGGCAGCGACGACGACGGCGACUCGCCGGUACAAGACGUCGACACUCCAGAGGUUGAUUUAUAUCAGUUACAAGUAAACACACUUCGAAGGUACAAAAGACACUUCAAGCUACAGACCAGACCGGGACUUAACAAAGCACAGCUCGUUGAAAUAAUUGGCUGCCAUUUUAGGACAAUUCCAGUGAAUGAAAAGGACACCUUAACAUAUUUCAUCUACUCGGUGAAGAACGACAAGAACAAGCCAGACCUAAAGCUGGAUAGCGGGGUUCAUUAGACGGCAAAGGUCGGGACUGAGACUCAGGCUGCAAAUCAAAGGACUGAGGGUUUUUGUUGAUAUGCAAAAGCUUUCUUUGUAACUUUCCCCUCCCCCCCGCCCCCAGAGAGUUUGUCUCUGUUUUAUUUUUCAUAACCUUGCUGAUUUGUUUGAAAACCAUCUCUUACGAAACAAAUUUCCUCAGCAAAAGUAUUUUAAAUAAAUAUCACUGAUAUUGUUGCUCAAGUGGGUGUGUCUGUAACUUAUUUAGUGAGUUACUUGUACCUAAUAGUUAAGC